GGAGAGGGCUCAGGAGAGCAGCGCCAGGCUCCAGCCGCUACGGGCGCUGCUCUCGACCCACAGAGGGUUCCUCAGGCGGCAGGGCAGGAAUGCUGGAGGUGUGGACAACCCGGACACUUCCGCCGAGAGUGUCCACUCAUGGAGGUCGGUCAAGUGGUCCGGGUUGUCGGACCUCCAGCACCCUCCCCCGGUCUAGGAGGGACGUACAGCGUUCCGGUAAGGAUCCAGGGUGGUACACAUCAGGCAAUGGUGGACUCUGGCUGCACGCAGUCUAUAGUUCACCAGAAUCUGAUUCGACCCGGGGCAUUGAGGGAGGCGGGCUGGGUGGAUAUUAGGUGUGUGCAUGGGGACAUCCACAGAUACCCUGUAGUACCAGUGGAAAUUCGGUUUAAGGGAAAAAAGCAUAGUGUGAAGGCUGCGGUUAGCUCCCGCCUGACGCACCCCCUGAUUCUGGGUACUGAUUGGCCGGGGUUUGACAGAUUAGUGGGACAGUGUGUGGGGGUGCGUUCACGACCGACAGGGACAUGGGAUAUGUGCGCUGUGCUCAGUGGUGACGCGAGGUUGUCCGACACUGCAGACGGGGAGGGGGAGCCGGCGGUGCCUCCACCGGAGGCUCCGCAGGUGCCCGUUUUUGCCUCCAUGGAAGAUUUUCCACUCGAGCAGUCUCGUGAUGAUACUCUACGCUUUGCCUUCGACCAAGUGAUAAAAAUUGAUGGUCACAUGGUGCGCCCUGAUGCAGCGUUAACGUAUCCCCACUUCUCACUGCGCAGGGACAGAUUAUACAGGGUGAGUCGUGACACUCAGACAAAUGACAUACUUACCCAGUUGUUGGUACCAAAAAGCCGCCGGGAAAUGGUUUUCCAGGCGGCUCAUUUUAACCCGAUGGCUGGGCAUAUGGGGUAUGAAAAGACACUGAACCGUGUAAUGGCCCGAUUCUAUUGGCCAGGCAUUCGGGCAGACGUGCGCCGCUGGUGCGCGUCUUGCCCUGAAUGCCAGUUGGUUAACCAACCGGCCGUCCCGAGAGCGCCCUUGCGCUCAUUACCACUGAUUGAGAUCCCGUUUGAACGUAUUGGGAUGGAUCUCAUCGGGCCAUUUCACCGGAGCGCACGGGGAUAUCGCUUUGUGUUAGUUCUUGUGGAUUACGCAACGCGAUAUCCAGAGGCAGUGCCGCUGCGCACCAUCUCUGCAAAGAGUGUGGCGCAGGCACUGUUUCAAGUUAUCUCCCGAGUCGGGAUCCCGAAAGAGAUCCUGACUGACCAAGGCACCCAGUUUAUGUCACGAACACUGAGAGAACUGUACGGAUUAUUGGGCAUCAAGUCUAUUCGAACCAGUGUUUACCACCCGCAAACUGACGGCCUCGUUGAGCGCCUGAAUAAGACUUUGAAGUCCAUGAUCCGUAAGUUUGUGCACGAUGAUAGUCCUAAUUGGGAUAAGUGGCUAGAUCCUCUGCUGUUUGCAGUGCGCGAGGUACCCCAGGCCUCCACGGGAUUUUCUCCCUUUGAACUGCUGUUUGGCAGGAAACCACGCGGGGUUUUGGACCUUGUUAAAGAAAGCUGGGAGGAAGGUCCAAGCCCCAGUAAAAAUGAAGUGCAAUACGUCCUGGACCUGAGAGCAAAACUCCACACACUGGGGCGGUUAUCACGGGAGAAUUUGCUCCGGGCCCAGGAACGUCAGCAGCGGCUGUACAACAGAGGAUCUAAGCUAAGACAAUUUUCACCGGGAGAUAAAGUGCUUGUAUUACUCCCAUCGUCCACCUCCAAAUUACUCGCCAAGUGGCAAGGACCCUUUGUGGUCACACGACGAGUGGGUGAUGUCGAUUAUGAGCUUGUGCGAUCUGACAGGGGAGGGGCUACGCAGAUUUAUCACCUCAACCUCCUAAAAGCAUGGAGAGAGGCUGAGUCUGUUUCCCUGGUGACGGCAAUUGCAGAGAGAGAUGAGUUGGGGCCUGAGGUUCCAAAAUCGGCCAAUCCUGCCUCGCUCCUUUGUGAAAACCAUCUCUCACCGUCUCAGAGAACAGAUAUUGCCAGGUUGCAACAGAGUUACGCUGACGUGUUCUCCCCCCUGCCAGGACGCACAAGUCUUAUUCAACACAACGUUGAGACUCACCCGGGCGUGACGGUGCGUUCACGGCCCUAUCGGUUACCUGAACACAAAAGAAAAGUGGUUCAGGCAGAAUUGAAAGCGAUGCUGGAGAUGGGGGUAAUAGAAGAGUCCAACAGUGCCUGGUGUAGCCCCAUCGUUCUUGUGAGCAAGAAGGAUGGGUCCAUCCGGUUCUGUGUGGACUAUCGCAGGGUGAAUGAUGUUUCACGGUUUGACGCCUAUCCAAUGCCUCGGGUCGACGAGCUCCUGGAUCGCCUGGGCACUGCUCGUUUUUUCACGACACUGGAUUUGACCAAGGGCUACUGGCAGAUUCCCCUAUCUCCAGAGUCCAGGGAGAAAACGGCCUUCUCCACUCCGUACGGUUUGUACCAAUUUGUUACACUUCCGUUCGGGUUGUUCGGGGCCCCAGCCACAUUUCAACGCCUCAUGGACCGCGUGCUGCGGCCACAUGUUGCAUAUGCUGCCGCCUACCUGGAUGAUGUAAUCAUCCAUAGCACCACUUGGGCGGAGCAUGUGCGGCAGGUGGCUGCGGUGCUGGGUUCACUGAGGCAGGCGGGGCUCACGGCCAACCCGAAGAAGUGUGCAGUUGGACGGAGGGAGGUACGGUAUCUGGGGUACCACUUGGGCGGCGGGCAGGUGCGUCCACAGGUAGAUAAGACAGCUGCUAUUGCAGCCUGCCCAAGGCCCAAGAGCAAAAAAGAGGUGCGGCGGUUCUUGGGGCUGGCAGGCUAUUACCGGCGGUUUAUCCCCAAUUUCGCGGAGCUGACCAGCCCCUUGACUGACCUCACCCGAAAGGGUGCCUCAGAUCCGGUCCAGUGGACGGAGCGGUGCCAGGUGUCGCUUGAGAGGGUUAAACAGACCCUCUGUGGGGAGCCUCUUCUCCACACACCUAACUUCUCUCUCCCUUUUGUCCUGCAGACUGAUGCAUCGGGCAGAGGGCUGGGGGCCGUUCUGUCUCAGCAGGUGCAGGGCGUCGACCGCCCGGUGCUCUACAUCAGCCGGAAGCUGUCCGAAAGGGAGGCCAGGUACAGCACGGUGGAGAGGGAGUGCCUGGCCAUCCGGUGGGCGGUGGAUGCUCUGCGGUACUACCUGCUGGGGCGCCCAUUCACCCUCUGCUCGGACCAUGCUCCCCUCCAGUGGCUCCACCGCAUGAAGGAUGCCAACGCCCGGAUCACCCGUUGGUAUCUGGCACUACAACCGUUUAAGUUCAAGGUGAUCCAUAGGCCGGGGGCGCAGAUGGCUGUGGCCGACUUCCUUUCCCGCUCCCAUGGGGAGGGGGGGGGGGAGUAG